CAACUCUUUUGACUUUCUCAUCAAGAAUUUUCCAUUUCCUGUCGGUUUUUCCUCACGACGUCGUAUCAUAGUCAUCAUACUCAUUCGCGUUAACAUUCCGUUCACAGUACCCUCAAUUCCACCGUGCACACCACACCGGCAGUCGUUAAAACCGGUUCUACAAUAACAAUUCUCCUAAAAAAACCGGUUCACAGAUCAAUCAACUAUGGGCUGUACACAAUCAAAGAUCGAAAAUGAAGAAAUCGUGAACCGGUGCAAAGAACGAAAAACGGUUAUGAAAGAAUCAGUAUCUGCACGCAACGCUUUCGCCGCCGCACACUUCUCCUACGCCGCCGCGUUGAAGAACACCGGCGCUGCUUUAAGUGACUAUGCUCAAGGCGAAGUUGAGUUUCCCGACCACCGCCAUCCGUCAUCCGUCGACGCGGUUUCGUCGUCGACAAUUCUCCCUCCGGCGCCACCGCAACCACCACCGCCGCUGUUCGAAACUAUGCCACCGCCACCGCCUCCUCCGCUCCAACGCGCGUCUACGAUGCCGGAGUUUUCUGCCACGGAACCGGAGUUUUCGCAUCCGGAUCCGAUUAUUGAAGAAGUUGAUGAGGAUAAUGAGAUUGAUGAUCGGAGUUUGAAGCAUCGGAGUAGUAGUUCUAGAAAGUCCGGUGGCGGUGGUGCUAGUAGGAGCGGUUCGAAACGAGAGGCGGAGAAAGUAGACCUGCCUCCGCCGUCGCCGCCGCAGCCGACGCCGCCGCGGCCGACGGAGAGUACGCUUAAUCGUGCUGCUCCACCUCCGCCGCAGUCUCACGGUAUGUCCUCUUGGGACUACUUCUUCCCUUCGAUGGAGCAGGUCGCCGGAUCUAGCUUAUCUGAGAUCGAUCAUGAGCAUGACAGAUUUGAUCGAGAAGAAAAUCACCGGAAAGUUGAUGACGUGGCACCGGAAGUGGAUCACGAGGAUGAGGAUGAGGAAGACGGUAGUGUUCAUGAAGUUGAUGACGUGGCACCGGAAGUGGUGGAGGAGGUGGAGGAGCCUCCGCCACCGCUGCCUAAACCUGAAAAAAAGGUUAGGCUUUCGGUGCCGGUUCCGGCGGAAAAUAGGAGAUCUUCUGGAAAAGGUGGACAGAGUCUGAACUUGUUGCAGAUAUUUACUGAGCUUGAUGAUUGUUUUUUGAAAGCGUCGGAGAGUGCGAGUGAGGUUUCGAAGAUGCUUGAGGCUAAUCGAUUACAUUAUCACUCCAAUUUUGCGGAUAGUAAAGGUCACAUUGAUCAUUCUGCGAGAGUUAUGCGGGUCAUUACCUGGAAUAGGUCGUUUAAAGGAUUACCUGAAGUUGAUGAUAAGAAUGAUGAUUUUGAUUCUGAAGAGAAUGAAACACAUGCUACGGUUUUGGACAAGAUGCUUGCGUGGGAGAAGAAGUUAUACGAUGAAGUGAAGGCAGGGGAACUGAUGAAAUUCGAGUAUCAAAAAAAGAUUGCGUCAUUAAACAGACUCAAGAAACGCGGGGCGAGCACUGAUCAUUUGGAGAGAACAAAAGCAACAGUAAGUCACCUGCACACAAGAUACAUUGUAGACAUGCAGUCAAUGGAUUCCACUGUUUCAGAGAUUAACCGCCUUCGCGAUGAACAAUUAUACCCAAAACUUGUUCAACUUGUUGACGGGAUGGCGUCAAUGUGGGAACAGAUGAGAGUGCAACAUGAUAACCAAUCAAAAAUCGUGCAGGCUCUAAGAUCUCUCGACAUCUCACAUUCACCAAAAGAGACGAGCGAGCACCACUACAAUAACACGCAACAGCUUCAUGUUCAUGUUCAAAUGUGGGCUAGCCAGUUUGAAAAACUCAUGCUACACCAGAAAGAAUACAUCAAAUCUUUAAACAAUUGGCUAAAACUUAACCUUAUUCCCAUCGACAACAAUCUAAGAGAAAAGGUAUCGUCUCCUCAAAGACCGCAAACGCCACCGAUUCAAACACUUCUAAGAACAUGGCAUGACUUUCUCGAGAAGCUUCCGGAAGAAGGUGCAAGAACCGCCAUUCACAACUUUGCAGCGGUCAUGGACACUAUUUGUCAGUACCAAAACGAUGAAAUGAAGAUGAAAGAGAGUUGCGAAGAAACAAGAAGGGACUUGCAACGAAAAGCCCGGAAAUUUGAAGAUUGGUACAAUAAAUAUAUGCAAAAAAGAGCUGAUGAGGAGAUGGAAAAUGAUAAAGAAGUGAUUGCUGAACAGCAGAUUACAGUUGAGUUAUUGAAGAAGAGGUUAGAGGAGGAAGAAGAAGGGUACCAGAGGCAGUGUAUUCAAGUGAGGGAUAAAUCUUUGAUGAAUUUGAAGACGGGUUUGCCCGAGGUUUUCCGGGCCAUGUAUGAGUUUUCUGGGGCUUGUUCACAAAUGUAUAAAAGCUUGAGUUCUCGCACCAAAACGAGACAAUCAAAGGCAAGUAUGUCAUGAGGUAUGAUGUAAAUUCGUGAGCAUUGUCAUUGUAUAAUCUGCCUGUAAUGUUUUGGUAAAUGUUAAUUGUUUUAUGUAUAAGCUUUAAUAUAUGUUUGUUGAAAGUUGCAUGCCAAAUGCGAUUUCUUUUGGUA